CUAAGGCAUUCGUGUCCGUAAUUCACCUUUCAUCGUCAACUUCCACCACAAAAUAUGAGCGGCUUUCGGUUUUUGAAUCUUGUUCGGCCGUUCCUUCCUAUUUUACCAGAGGUCUCUUCGCCGGAUAGAAAGGUCCCAUUUAAUCAAAAAGUCCUAUGGACGGCAGUUACUCUCCUUAUUUUCCUUGUCUGCUCUCAAGUUCCUCUCUAUGGCAUUAUGUCCUCUGACUCGUCUGAUCCUCUUUACUGGAUGCGUGUCAUUUUGGCGUCUAAUCGGGGUACUCUCAUGGAACUUGGUAUCAGUCCAAUCGUCACUUCUGGAAUGAUUAUGCAACUUCUCGCUGGCGCAAAUUUGAUUGAGGUCGACUUCAGUUUGAAGGAGGAUAGGGCAUUGUUCAGCGGUGCUCAGAAGCUCUUUGCUCUCAUUAUCUCACUUGGUCAAGCUACGGUAUACGUCCUCACUGGUCUUUACGGUCUACCCAGUGAAUUAGGAGCGGGAGUCUGUCUCCUGUUGAUAAUUCAGCUGGUUUCAGCUGCUCUCAUUGUUAUUCUCCUCGAUGAGCUUUUGCAGAAAGGCUACGGUCUCGGAUCCGGUAUCUCCCUCUUCAUUGCCACCAACAUCUGUGAAUCUAUCGUGUGGAAGGCUUUUUCGCCUACUACAAUCAACACUGGUCGAGGCCCAGAAUUCGAGGGUGCUAUUGUCGCGCUUUUCCAUCUACUCUUCACUUGGAAUGACAAGGGCCGUGCCCUGCGUGAGGCUUUCUGGAGGGAUCGUCUUCCCAAUGUUAUGAACCUCAUUGCUACAGUGAUCAUCUUUGCUGUCGUUAUCUACCUCCAGGGUUUCCGAAUUGAAAUACCUGUCAAGAGCAACAGGUUCCGCGGACAACGAGGGAGCUACCCCGUGAAACUUUUCUACACAAGCAAUAUGCCUAUCAUGCUUGAGAGUGCCUUGACUAGUAACGUUUUCAUUGUCAGUCAAAUGCUUGCCACUCGAUUCCCCAGCAACUUCCUUGUUAGGUUACUCGGUGUAUGGGAGCCUAUGGAAGAUUCCCCCCAGUUGGUCGCCACUUCUGGUAUUGCAUAUUACAUGUCACCUCCUCACACCAUUCGCGAGGCAAUUGUAGAUCCUAUCCAUACUGGCAUCUAUAUCACAUUCAUGCUGUCUGCGUGCGCCCUCUUCAGUAAAACCUGGAUUGAAGUUUCAGGCAGUGGACCAAGAGAUGUAGCUAAACAACUCAAGGAUCAACAAAUGGUCAUGGCCGGACAUCGAGAAGGAUCGAUGUACAAGGAACUCAAACGUGUGAUACCUACUGCCGCUGCUUUUGGCGGUGCAAUUCUUGGGCUGUUGUCUGUGGCUGCAGACUUAAUGGGCGCUAUCGGUAGCGGAACAGGUAUUCUCAUGGCCGUCACUAUAAUCUAUAGUUACUGGGAAAUCGGUAUGAGGGAAUCUGGGGGUCCUGAAAUGGCCGCUCUUGGAGAUUUGCUGUAAAUUAUUUAAAUACAAAACUGGUGGUUGCAAUAAAUGAUGACGAUGAUAAAACUGCUUUAGUACACCAGUUCUGUAGGCUCGAAUCUAUGAGGUGGUCAAUAUAGCAGCUAUGAUACCAACCUCGAGCGUGUUAAAUUCCUCGAGCGGUGA